AUGACACCCCAGAUCAUGAUGACCUUAUUCAUCCUUCGGCUGUCGUUGCACCACAUAGGCUGCCUAGUCCUACCUUCCUUCCUUUAUCGCCAUCCAAUGGAUGCCAAAACGGCCGAUCCUCAUGAUAUGUCCAAGGAUGUAGCAAUGAAUGAAUUCUCCGGUUACAUUGAACAACGGCCAAUCUCGGAGUCCUAUCUGGACAAGUUGCGCUAUAAACAAAUCUAUGAGAAUGUCUAUGAUACCCACGUCUCCACGACAACUUCUGUGCUAUCCACACUGUCAAUCUCUAUUGGUAAGAGAUCUAAUGUUGCACGGACCAAAUAUAUCUCGAAAGAGCACUGGAAUACACUCAAAUCCACCACCAAAGAUAUCAAGACUGGAAUCUCAUGGUGA